AAAAUUGGUGAACCGGCAGGCCAGCGCCAACAGCUUCUGUGACAAGCUCAGAAGAGCAAAGUGUGGACCAAAGAAUAAUCACAUCACCAAACCAUUUCAGAUGGAGGCGGAUGCAGACCAGAAACGACACCGAACACGCUCCAAAGGUAUCCGAGUCCCCAUAGAACCAGUAAUCCAAGAACUGUUCAGUUGUCCAACUCCUGGUUGUGAUGGCACAGGUCAUGUUAGUGGCAAAUACGCAAGGCACAGAAGUGUCUAUGGUUGUCCAUUGGCUAAAAAACGAAAAAUACAAGACAGGCAACCAAGUGAACCGGCCCCCAAGAGAAAACCGUUCCUGGUGAGAACGGACAAUUCCUCUGUAGACGAGUGCUGUGAGACCGAUGGGACUGAAGAGUUGGAUGAGAAUGAUGAGGAAUACUCUGAUGACAAUGACGAGCGUGAGGAAGAUGAGGAAGAGGAGGAGGAUGUGGAAGCAGAAGAGGAGGAUGAAGAAGAGCUCGAAGAGGAAGAAGAGGAGGACGAAGAGGACGAAGAAGAUCAAAGUAAUGAACAAGAAGACCUUCAAGACGUACCUGACAAUAUCAGGAGAAACCAGGACAAUGAGAAAGAUGAUAACAACAAUGAUGAAUAUGACAAUUAUGAUGAGCUUGUUGCAAAGUCAUUGUUAAACCUGGGCAAGAUAGCUGAAGAUGCUGCCUUCAGGGCUAUGACUGAGUCUGAAAUGAGUGACAGUACAGCACGUGACCUGGAGGACGAAAGUGACAAUAAUGGGAGCAGGGGUAGAAAAGCAAAUAAAGGUGAUUCCAGCCAGUUGAGUUUGGAUGUGGACAGUGAUGUUGUUAGGGAAACAGUGGACUCCCUUAAAUUACUCGCACAAGGACAUGGGGUGGUACUUUCAGAUAACACAAAUGUUAGGGGCUAUGUAGAUGGGUUAAUACAGAAUGAAGGUAGAAAUGCGACCUUAGGAUCAUGCAAAUCCACCAUUGAUGGUGUAGAAAAACAUGCUGAUGAGAGUGACGAGGCUGUUUGCCUGAGCAGUUUGGAGUGCUUAAGGAACCAAUGUUUUGACUUGGCCAGGAAGCUAAGUGAAAGUCAGCAUGAAGAAAGAAAUCAGCAACAUCAUUUUAGCGAUUGUCAACAGAACAGACCUGAUGAUGACAUUACAAGAAAAAUGUCAGAUCGGAACUAUUCAGAUAUGGUGAACUUGAUGAAGCUUGAGGAACAACUUAGUCCUCGGUCCCGAGCCUUUGCUUCUGGCGUUAAGGAAGAAGACUCUCGUGACAGAGAUGACGACACGGCCUCGGUCAAGUCUGACCGUUCUGAGGAAGUGUUUGAUAUGACAAAAGGAAACUUGACGCUAUUAGAAAAGGCAAUUGCACUGGAAACUGAAAGGGCAAAGGCAAUGAGAGACAAAAUGGCAAUGGAAGCUGCAAAGAGAGACAAUUCAGAUCAGAUUCCAAGGCAUCAUGUUGGAGAUGAGAAGAAAUCUAGAUCUUCUGAUGGUCAUGUUAAAAAGCCAUACUAUCCUAAAGACUCGUCAAGGCCUGAAAAGAAAGAAAGCAAGUGUCCGACACCUGGGUGUGAUGGAACUGGUCACGUCACUGGCCUUUAUCCCCACCAUCGCAGCUUGUCAGGCUGCCCACACAAAGACAGGGUUCCCCCAGAAAUUCUUGCCAUGCAUGAAAAUGUGCUUAAGUGUCCUACACCAGGCUGCACUGGGAGAGGCCAUGUAAAUAGCAACAGGAAUUCUCACAGAAGUCUCUCUGGAUGUCCCAUCGCUGCCGCAGAGAAGCUGGCUAAGGCUCAAGAAAAGCAUCACAGCAAUGAAGCAGCAAAAUCCAACCAGGGGUCAGACCGUGUAUUAAGGCCUAUGUGUUUUGUUAAGCAGCUCGAGAUCCCACAGUAUGGCUACAGGCACAAUGUGUCCACCACCACACCUCGUUCUAACUUGGCCAAAGAGCUGGAGAAAUAUUCCAAGACAACAUUCGAAUACAACAACUAUGACAACCAUGUUUUUGGAAAACGCGCCAUUGCCCCCAAAGUACAGACCAGGGAGGCAUCUCCCAAAGGAUAUGAUGCGAAGCGCUUUUGCAAGAACUCCAGUUCGGCCAGCAGCACCACGAGCAGUUACGCCCCCAGCAGCAGCAGCAGCAGCAUCAGCUGCGGGGGAGGCAGCAGUGCCAGCAGCACCUCUAGCAAGAGCAGCUUCGACUACACACACGACAUGGAGGCGGCUCACAUGGCAGCCACGGCCAUUCUCAAUCUGUCCACCAGGUGCCGAGAGAUGCCCCAAAACCUCUCAACAAAACCUCAGGAUAUAUGUGCUAGAAACCCUGAGAUCGAGGUGGAUGAGAAUGGAACCCUAGAUCUGAGCAUGAACAAACAGAGGCACAUGGAUGGCAGCUGUGGCAGCAACAGCAGUACUGGUUUGCUGACUCCAUUAGAACCAAUGUCCCCACAACGGCAGAACAUGAUGGUCAACAAGUGCUAUCCAAUGAACGAGAGUGAUUGCUGGGACUUGCCGGUAGACUACACCAGAAUGAAACCUCGGACGAUGGACGAGGAGGAUCUCAAAGAGCCGGAUGACAUGGAUCCAUUUCAGGAAAGCCUGGAAGAACGAAGGUAUCCCGGUGAGGUCACAAUACCCAGUCCCAAGCUUAAAUAUGGGCAAUGCAAGGACAACAACAAAAAAGAUCUGAUAACAUGUCCAACACCAGGGUGUGAUGCGAGUGGUCAUGUCACGGGUAAUUACGCCUCACAUAGAAGUCUCUCCGGCUGUCCACUGGCUGACAAAAGUAUUCGAAGUAUGAUGGCUACCAGCUCUCAAGAACUCAAGUGUCCGACCCCUGGGUGUGAUGGAUCUGGGCAUAUUACUGGAAACUAUGCUUCUCAUAGGAGCCUUUCAGGCUGCCCCCGAGCAAAGAAAAGUGGAAUCAAAAUAGCUCAAAGCAAGGAUGACAAAGAAGAUCAAGAACCUAUCAAAUGUCCGGUUCCUGGGUGUGACGGUCAAGGACAUGUGACUGGAAAGUACGCAUCACAUCGCAGUGCAUCAGGGUGCCCUCUCGCUGCAAAGAGGCAAAAGGACGGUUACCUCAAUGGCUCCCAGUUCUCAUGGAAGUGUGGGAAAACAGAAGGAAUGACUUGCCCAACCCCAGGGUGUGAUGGCUCAGGACAUGUAAGCGGCAGUUUUCUUACCCAUCGCAGCUUGUCAGGAUGCCCGAGAGCUACUUCUGCGAUGAAGAAGGCAAGGUUAUCAGGAGAAGAGAUGUUAACAAUAAAGCAGCGGGCCAGUAAUGGGAUAGAGAACGAUGAAGAAAUCAAGCAGCUUGAUGAAGAAAUUAAGGAAUUAAAUGAAUCGAAUUCCCAGAUGGAAGCGGACAUGAUCAAGCUUAGAACCCAGAUUACAACAAUGGAGAAUAACCUAAAAACGAUAGAAGAAGAAAACAAAGCAAUUGAACAACAGAACGAGUCCCUUCUGCACGAGUUGGCUAACCUCAGUCAGUCCCUUAUCCAUAGCUUGGCUAACAUCCAAUUACCACAUAUGGAUCCAAUAAACGAACAGAACUUUGAUGCCUACGUGACGACUUUAACGGACAUGUAUACAAAUCAAGAUCGCUAUCAGAGCCCAGAAAACAAAGCCUUGCUGGAAAACAUAAAGCAAGCUGUAAAAGGGAUUCAGGUCUAAAGGCCUGCGUCCACUUUUAGAGAGAUUUUGCUGGGAUGCCUCACGUCUUGCUGCUCUAAUUUACCAGACAGUGUUAAAUAUCGAAACUUUAUUUCUGUUACAAAAAAGUGUUAUGCUUAGGAGACUU